CCGCGCGCUAUGGCUCCCAGUGAUGGGAAAUGUAGUCCCAGUCAGUGCGGAUUGUUACUCCAUGUGCUAUGGCUCUCAGUGAUGGGAAAUGUAGUCCCAGACAGUCAGUGCGGAUUGUUACUCCAUGCGCUAUGGCUCCCAGUGAUGGGAAAUGUAGUCCCAGACAGUCAGUGCGGAUUGAUACUCCAGGUGCUAUGGCUCCCAGUGAUGGGAAAUGUAGUCCCAGACAGUCAGUGCGGAUUGUUACUCCGUGCGCUAUGGCUCCCAGUGAUGGGAAAUGUACUCCCAGACAGUCAGUGCGGAUUGUUACUCCGUGCGCUAUGGCUCCCAGUGAUGGGAAAUGUAGUCCCAGUCAGUCAGUGCGGAUUGUUACUCCAGGUGCUGUGGCUGCCAGUGAUGGGAAAUGUAGUCCCAGUCAGUCAGUGCGGAUUGUUACUCCAUGCGCAGUCAGUGCGGAUUGUUACUCCGUGCGCUAUGGCUCCCAGUGAUGGGAAAUGUAGUCCCAGACAGUCAGUGCGGAUUGUUACUCCAGGUGCUAUGGCUCCCAGUGAUGGGAAAUGUAGUCCCAGACAGUCAGUGCGGAUUGUUACUCCGUGCGCUAUGGCUCCCAGUGAUGGGAAAUGUAGUCCCAGACAGUCAGUGCGGAUUGUUACUCCAUGCGCUAUGGCUCCCAGUGAUGAGAAAUGUAGUCCCAGACAGUCAGUGCGGAUUGUUACUCCGUGCGCUAUGGCUCCCAGUGAUCGGAAAUGUAGUCCCAGACAGUCAGUGCGGAUUGUUACUCGGUGCGCUAUGGCUCCCAGUGAUGGGAAAUGUAGUCCCAGACAGUCAGUGCGGAUUGUUACUCCGUGCGCUAUGGCUCCCAGUGAUGGGAAAUGUAGUCCCAGACAGUCAGUGCGGAUUGUUACUCCGUGCGCUAUGGCUCCCAGUGAUGGGAAAUGUAGUCCCAGACAGUCAGUGCGGAUUGUUACUCCAGGUGCUGUGGCUGCCAGUGAUGGGAAAUGUAGUCCCAGUCAGUCAGUGCGGAUUGUUACUCCAUGCGCUGUGGCUCCCAGUGAUGGGAAAUGUAGUCCCAGACAGUCAGUGCGGAUUGUUACUCCAUGCGCUAUGGCUCCCAGUGAUGGGAAAUGUAGUCCCAGACAGUCAGUGCGGAUUGUUACUCCGUGCGCUAUGGCUCCCAGUGAUGGGAAAUGUAGUCCCAGACAGUCAGUGCGGAUUGUUACUCCGUGCGCUGUGGCUGCCAGUGAUGGGAAAUGUAGUCCCAGUCAGUGCGGAUUGAUACUCCGUGCACUAUGGCUCCCAGUGAUGGGAAAUGUAGUCCCAGUCAGUCAGUGCGGAUUGAUACUCCAGGUGCUGUGGCUCCCAGUGAUGGGAAAUGUAGUCCCAGACAGUCAGUGCGGAUUGAUACUCCGUGCGCUAUGGCUCCCAGUGAUGGGAAAUGUAGUCCCAGACAGUCAGUGCGGAUUGUUACUCCAGGUGCUAUGGCUCCCAGUGAUGGGAAAUGUAGUUCCAGUCAGUCAGUGCGGAUUGUUACUCCAUGCGCUAUGGCUCCCAGUGAUGGGAAAUGUAGUCCCAGUCAGUCAGUGCGGAUUGUUACUCCGUGCGCUAUGGCUCCCAGUGAUGGGAAAUGUAGUCCCAGACAGUCAGUGCGGAUUGUUACUCCGUGCGCUAUGGCUCCCAGUGAUGGGAAAUGUAGUCCCAGUCAGUCAGUGCGGAUUGAUACUCCGUGCGCUAUGGCUCUCAGUGAUGGGAAAUGUAGUCCCAGUCAGUCAGUGCGGAUUGAUACUCCGUGCGCUGUGGCUCUCAGUGAUGGGAAAUGUAGUCUCAGACAGUCAGUGCGGAUUGAUACUCCGUGCGCUGUGGCUCUCAGUGAUGGGAAAUGUAGUCCCAGACAGUCAGUGCGGAUUGAUACUCCAGGUGCUAUGGCUCCCAGUGAUGGGAAAUGUAGUCCCAGACAGUCAGUGCGGAUUGUUACUCCAUGUGCUAUGGCUCCCAGUGAUGGGAAAUGUAGUCCCAGACAGUCAGUGCGGAUUGUUACUCCAGGUGCUGUGGCUCCCAGUGAUGGGAAAUGUAGUCCCAGACAGUCAGUGCGGAUUGUUACUCCGUGCGCUGUGGCUCCCAGUGAUGGGAAAUGUAGUCCCAGACAGUCAGUGCGGAUUGAUACCCCAGGUGCUAUGGCUCCCAGUGAUGGGAAAUGUAGUCCCAGACAGUCAGUGCGGAUUGUUACUCCAGGUGCUGUGGCUCCCAGUGAUGGGAAAUGUAGUCCCAGACAGUCAGUGCGGAUUGUUACUCCGUGCGCUAUGGCUCCCAGUGAUGGGAAAUGUAGUCCCAGACAGUCAGUACGGAUUGUUACUCCGUGCGCUAUGGCUCCCAGUGACUCACCUCCUCUUUACAUCACAUUUCCGGGGUUUGCGUUCCAGCAUGCGUUCCAUCAGACACAGAGCUUCCGUUCCGUCCAGUCUGCGUCCCGCCCGGUUUCCGGUUCCCCUUGGCGUG